AUGCAUUCUUUCAUUCAAAUUAUCCUCCUAAUUACCAUUGCAUUAAGCGUAAACUUGUCAACUUGCAUGAACCUCACCAUCGUCAACAACUGUCAAGAAACUAUAUGGCCUGGGAUCACAGCCACUAACACCACCAUUGAGGGUGCCGGUUUCGCCCUCAAACCAGGCGAUUCCAGCAUCUACUCCGCCCCACAAGGGUGGGGCGGCCGUAUAUGGGGCCGAACCGGAUGCAAUUUCGACAAAAACGGAAAUGGCACAUGUCAAACUGGAGCAUGUGGUACGACACUAAUAUGUACUAGCCCCGGGUCCCCACCUGCAUCAAUUGCUGAAUUUACCCUCAGUGAUACCACCUUUUACGCCGUUAGCCUUGUGGACGGUUUCAACCUGCCUCUCACAAUCACACCUAUUCAAGGCAAAGGUGACUGCAGCGUUGCGGGCUGUAAGACUGAUCUCAGGGAUCAGUGUCCACCAGAACUAACUUUCCUGUCAGACGGGAAAACAGUUGCCUGUCGGAGUGCCUGCAAUGUUUUCAACUCUGACAGUUACUGUUGUAAAGGAAUGUACUCUAGUCCUGUUACAUGUGUGCCAACAAAUUACUCACUCAUAUUUAAAACCGCCUGUCCAGAAGCAUAUAGCUAUGCUUAUGAUGAUCCCACAAGCAUCAUAACAUGUUCUACAACAGAUUUCGUUCUCUCAUUUUGUUCACCAAGGAAUCAGACACAACAAUGCUCGUAUCACGACAACAAACUUGUAUGCAGUGGGUCGGAAAGAUUGAAAUCAGUGGCUUAUGUAUGGGCAGUUUUCAUGAUUCUUUUGCCAAUAAUCAUUCAACUGAGAAUUACCUUAUGA